AGACCAGCUCUCGGGAAGAUGGGGUCCGGCCGGAAGUAAGAGCCUCCUGCUUAUUGGAUGCCUGCGGAAUGCCAGGAGGAGGAGGGCUGGACAUGGACGACUGCGUGGAGACGCUCAAGGACGAGGAGGAUGCCUUGUGGGAGAACGUGGAGUGCAACCGGCACAUGCUGAGCCGCUACAUCAACCCGGCCAAGCUCACCCCCUACCUGCGCCAGUGCAAGGUGAUCGACGAGCAGGAUGAGGAUGAGGUGCUCAGCGCGCCCAUGCUGCCCUCCAAGAUCAACCGGGCAGGUCGGCUCCUGGACAUUCUGCACACCAAGGGGCAGAGGGGCUACGUGGUCUUCUUGGAGAGCCUGGAGUUCUACUACCCGGAGCUGUACAAGCUGGUGACGGGGAAGGAGCCCACUCGGAGAUUCUCCACCAUUGUGGUGGAGGAAGGCCACGAGGGCCUGACGCACUUCCUGAUGAACGAGGUCAUCAAGCUGCAGCAGCAGAUGAAAGCCAAGGACCUGCAGCGCUGCGAGCUGCUGGCCAAGUCUCGGCAGCUGGAGGACGAGAAGAAGCAGCUGACCCUCACGCGGGUGGAGCUUCUGACCUUCCAGGAGCGCUACCACAAGAUGAAGGAGGAGCGGGACGGCUACAACGACGAGCUGGUCAAGGUCAAGGACGACAACUACAACCUGGCCAUGCGCUACGCCCAGCUCAGCGAGGAGAAGAACAUGGCAGUCAUGCGGAGCAGGGACCUCCAGCUGGAGGUGAGACGGGCACGUGCCGGGCGCGGGGCAACCGGGGAGCUGGGCAAGGGGGACACAAACCACCUCACCAACAUGGGCAAACGGGGCGGGGGGAGGGCACGGCCCGGGGCCUCAUCCAGCCAGGCGGGAAAGCGCAGCCUGCCCGACUCGGACAAGGCCAUCCUGGACAUCCUGGAGCAUGACCGAAAGGAGGCCCUGGAGGACCGGCAGGAGCUGGUCAACAAGAUCUACAACCUGCAGGAGGAGGCGCGCCAGGCAGAGGAGCUGCGAGACAAGUACUCGCAGUGCCUGGUGGAGAAGGACAAGUACCGGAAGCAGAUCCGGGAGCUGGAGGAGAAGAACGACGAGAUGCGCAUCGAGCUGGUGCGGCGCGAGGCCUGCGUGGUCACUCUGGAGAGCAAGCUUCGACGGCUGGCCCGGGACGGCACCCUCGACCAGAGCCUGCCCCGGAACCUGCCUGUGACCAUCAUCGCUCAGAGCCUCGGGGAGGUCAGCCCCAGAACCAACGGUCAGGAGGCCGAUGACUCUUCCACGUCCGAGGACUCGCCCGAGGACAACAAGUACUUCCUGCCCUGCCACCCACCCAAGCGCAGAAUGAACCUGAAGGGCAUCCAGCUGCACAGAGCCAAGUCCCCCAUCAGCCUGAAGCGAGUGUCCGAUCUGCAAGCUACCCGAGAAGACGACGAUCCAGACGCCAGCCCCCGCCCCUCCAGCUCCCGGCCUCCCAGCAGUGCCCUCGUCAAGAUGCCUCCCCACCGGAGCCGCAACAGUAUCGUGUCCAUCACGGCCGAGCCCCCAGGGAAUGACUCCAUCGUCAGGCGCUGCAAGGAAGACGCCCCCCACCGCAGCACGAUUGAAGAGGACAAUGACAGUGGCGGCUUUGAUGCUGUGGACCUGGACGGGACAGCAUCUGACAGGUGCAGUGACCCCUGGCUGUCCCCACACUCCCAAUGGGGCUUUUCCCGGGGAAGGGUCAUCUAUUCCCAGCCUGAAUAACACCCCGUGCCCGUCUCUCCCACCCCCAGGCCCUUCCGCCCGUCGGUCACAUCGGGGGGCCACGUGCGGGGACCGGGGCCAGCGCUGCAUCAGGCCACACUGCAAGGGGACAGCCUCACUGCCCAGCUCACCCUGCUGGGUGGCAACGCCAGGGGCAGCUUUGUCCACUCUGUCAAGAUGGGCUCCCUGGCCGAGAAGGCUGGCCUGCGUGAGGGUCACCAGCUGCUGCUGUUGGAGGGCUGCAUCCGCGGGGAGCGUCAGAGCGUGCCCCUGGACUCCUGCACCAAGGAGGAGGCCCGCUGGACCCUCCAGCGCUGCAGCGGCCCUGUCACCCUGCACUACAAGGUCAACCACGAAGGGUACAGGAAGCUGCUGAAGGACAUGGAGGAGGGCCUCAUCACUUCGGGGGACUCCUUCUACAUCCGGCUGAACCUGAACAUCUCCAGCCAGCUGGACUCCUGCUCCCUGUCCCUCAGAUGUGACGACAUUGUGCACGUGCGUGACACCAUGUACCAGGACCGGCACGAGUGGCUGUGUGCAAGGGUGGACCCCUUCACUGACCACGACAUGGACAAGGGCACCAUACCCAGCUACAGCCGGGCCCAGCAGCUCCUCCUGGUGAAGCUGCAGCGUCUGAUGCAUGGAGGGAGCAGGGAGGAGGCUGACGGGGCCCACCACACCCUGAGGGCCCUGAGGAACACCCUGCAGCCAGAGGAACCCCUCACAGCCACCGACCCCCGUGUCAGCCCCCGGCUCUCACGAGCAAGCUUCCUCUUUGGCCAGCUCCUCCAGUUUGUCAGCCGGUCGGAGAACAAGUACAAGCGCAUGAACAGCAAUGAACGUGUUCGCAUCAUCUCGGGGGGCCAGCCUGGGGGCCUGGGCCGGGCCUCACUGGACAUCACUAAGCUCCUGAGUGAGAAGCAGGAAGAGCCCGAGCCCCAGGGCGACCUGAGCCGAAACCUCAGCCUGGUCCCCUACAGCCUGGUGCGCGCCUUCCCGUGCGCGCGCCGCCGGCCCGUGCUCUUCUCGCCCUCCAUGUUGGCCAAGACGCUUGUGCAGAAGCUGCUCAACUCGGGCGGUGCCCUUGAGUUCACCAUGUGCAAGCCAGAUGUGGUCACCAGAGACGAGUUCCUCCGGAAGCAGAGGACAGGGACCAUCAUCUACUCACGAGAGAAGAACCCCAACACCUUCGAGUGCGUGGUCCCCAGCAACAUCGAGGCCGUGGCUGACAAGGACAAGCACUGCUUGCUGGAGGCUGGGAUCGGCUGCACGCGUGACCUCAUCCGGUCCAGGAUCUACCCCAUCGUGCUCUUCAUCCGAGUGUCCGAGAAGAACAUCAAGAGGUUCAGGAAGCUGCUGCCCCGGCCUGAAUCAGAGGAGGCCUUCCUGCACCUGUGCCGGCUGAAGGAGAAGGAGCUGGAGGCGCUGCCCUGCCUGUACGCCACUGUGGAGCCGGACACCUGGGGCAGCGUCGAGGACCUGCUGCGGGUCAUCAAGGACAAGAUCGGCGAGGAGCAGCGCAAGACCGUCUGGGUGGACGAGGACCAGCUGUGAGGCCAUGGCCAGGAAAGACACACACCUAAGCGCAGCCCGCGCCUCCAGGUCACCCAGGCCUCCCAGCUUCUCUGGGAGACGGGCCGGGCCAGCGUGCCAGCCAGCGCUCCCAGCCCACGGGCCCCCCAUGUAGAGCAGCAGUUGAAUGUAAUAGAGGCACCAGUGUACCCCCUGCACAGGUGGGCCAGCAGGAUAGGUGUGGGGCAGGUGCCACCCGACCUCAUGCACGAAAAGCACAUGCCUGCCACCCCGUUCCUGUGGGGGUGGGGCAGGCGCCAUGCCUUGGUCUUCUCGCAUUAAAAGGUCCGAGUGGCUCAGUGUA